ACGAAUAGGAUCGGAAAAUCUCGGUGAUCAACCAGUAGUGGGAAAACGAAUGUGAACAUACACAGAACACCAGUUGAGUGUAAACAAGGAUUCGAACUACCCGUUUAAAUAUAGCGUGCGUUACGGACAGCCAAGAGAGGGUGGAUGUAUAAUUAACGGAUAUAGUGGUAGGAGUGGUGCAGUUUCAAUCGACUACGUACUCAUGUUUCUGUUUACGGUAAAUGCUUUCGGAAGCACAACGGAGGUGAAGGGUCAAGUACGUUCGUACUAGUGUACAUAUCUUCUGUAGGAAAACCACACGAGAUAUACCGUCUUUCACUUGAACCGGCCACCCUGGGCCUACAGGAUAUUGGAAGCGUAAACAAAGGCUUCCUCAAAUGGAUCGGAAGAGGCUGGGAUGAAAAUAAAUUACACACCUCCGUCCAGGAUGCAGAGAAAACCCAUAAAACUACGACAAUGAACCGUUGUGAAAAAUGAAUUCCAGCCAGCAUCGUAUCGGUAUCGCCUGAAUGCUAAAUAAACUCAGGGAAAAUCAAUUAGUGUUUACACCGGUAGUGAUCGUAAUUUUCCGACCGACCAAGUAACUGGCUAUCAAUUUGACCGAAAUGCCAAGUGCAAAAUUAUCGUGCGUCGAGUGAAUGAAAGCAAACACGCUUUCUGCUUCUUGUGCUGCUAUUGCUGGUUGGUCAAAUAUAAUUGUAAUUUAUCGUCCAGAUGAUCAUAGCGCAUAAACGCGCCGAACGUGCUGUACUUAAGUGGAAAACAGUGAAUGAUUAUUAAUUGAGUGUUUAUCUAGCAAUUUUUCCUAUCUACGCAUUUAUGUCUGACAAAGUGAUUCGGAACACAUGUAAUAGCAUACACAUUCCAAGACAGAGGAAAGUUCAAAGAACUGUUAAAGUGUCACUAGUUUCGGACUAUUGAGGGAAAAGCGAUUUAUUGGAAAAGUUUGUUCCUCUGACUGUGUCUCAGCAUUCGUAACUCGUGCCUCCCGUUGACAUUGUUACUGCCAAAGUUGUUCAACAGCAUACAGGAUGUGGCGCAUGUAAAGGAUUCCACGAAGAUCGUCGUCAACCCCAACCAUUUGACGGUGGCAAAAAAAAGUCUUGCAUCAGGAAACCGAAAAAUGAAUACCACAUCGCCUAAAUCGUCAUUGGUGAAGCUGGGACUACAUUCCAAAGCGAAACCCUUUCGGGUGCUGGUUCUGGGCCAGAGCGGAGUUGGGAAAACGGCCAUGGUGGUGAGAUUCAUCACGAAACGCUUCAUCGGCGAGUACGACCCAAACCUGGAGAAGGUGUACACAUUUCACACCCUAGUGGACAACGAGGUGGUGCAGUUUGAGAUUUUGGACGCUGCGGGACAACCGAAUGAAGCAGAUUGCAUGACGCUGGAGGCAAACAUCCGAUGGGCGGAAGCGUUUAUUUUGAUGUAUUCGGUGGCAGAUAAGUGCAGCUUCGAUGAGUGCAAUCGGUUGAAGUUUCUAAUCAAUUACAACAAACGAAGACGUCGGUUAGGAUCUUACAGCAAGGACUCACUGCUGGACGUUCCGGUCAUCCUGGUGGGAAACAAGAUCGACCAAAUUGGCGACCGAAUGGUAUCGACCGAGGAAGGCCAACGCCGAGCGAAGGAAAUCUCCUGUGCCUGCUUCCACGAGAUCUCCGUCCGCGAAAGCAUCGACCAAGUAACGGGUGUCUUCCGGGAUGCGAGCCGCUUCUGGCGAGUACUGAAUCGCUACCCCAAGCUGAAACGGUCCACCAGCGACGUGCACGAUUUGCACUCGGAGGUAGAGCUAAUCCUCAGUCCGGACAGUGUGCAUCCGUUCUGUAACUGUGAUUUGAGCCAUGAAAAGCGACGAUCAAUCAUUAUUCUAGGCCGUCCAUGGACCGAAGAGGAACCGGACGAAACGGACGAGUCCGAAUCGAGCUGUUGCUCCUCGCAAAAGUCUGACGUUGAAGAACCAUUCCGAGGCCGGGCGUCGACCGAUGGAACGUUGCUGUCCAGGCCACGACGGUGGCGGUUUGCGCCACCUGGAUCCCUCAUGCCACAUGUGAGCCGUGUUGAGCGACGCAUGAGCAUAUCGAUGAGGGGAAGUAAUGCUAGCUAUUGAAAAACUUGUUCCGUGUCGAUUUGUUUUUAUGCUUGACAAUAUUGUGAUUACUUGGAUGUGAAUGUGCUUUUUUGAGAUACAUCCACAAACCGGGAACCUCCGGGAUCAGAUAUGCCGCAAAUAUUCAAUUUUACUGUAGAUUUGUAUAAACUGAACGGCCUACAUUACCGGAGAAAUAACGGAACCUCAAAUAUACACAAAU